GACGUGGAUGCCAUCAAGCUCUUCGUGGGGCAGAUCCCCCGCAACCUGGAGGAGCGCGACCUCAAGCCGCUCUUCGAGCAGUUCGGCAAGAUCUACGAGCUCACCGUGCUCAAGGACCGCUACACCGGCAUGCACAAGGGCUGCGCGUUUCUCACGUACUGUGCCAGAGACUCUGCCAUCAAAGCCCAGACUGCGCUCCACGAACAGAAGACUUUGCCAGGGAUGGCGCGCCCGAUCCAGGUGAAGCCAGCGGACAGCGAGAGCCGUGGAGGGGACAGGAAGCUCUUCGUGGGGAUGUUGAACAAGCAGCAGUCCGAGGACGACGUGCUCCGGCUCUUCGAGCCCUUCGGGGUCAUCGACGAGUGCACGGUGCUGCGGGGACCCGACGGCAACAGCAAAGGCUGCGCCUUUGUGAAGUUCUCCUCUCACACCGAGGCCCAGGCGGCAAUCCACGCUCUCCACGGCAGCCAGACCAUGCCUGGUGCUUCUUCCAGUCUAGUGGUGAAGUUUGCUGACACAGAUAAGGAGAGGACCCUGCGGCGGAUGCAGCAAAUGGUGGGGCAGCUGGGGAUUUUCACUCCUUCGCUCACCUUGCCCUUCAGCCCGUACAGCGCGUACGCGCAGGCUCUGAUGCAGCAGCAGACGACGGUCCUCUCCACCUCCCACGGCAGCUACCUGAGCCCCGGCGUCACCUUCUCGCCCUGCCACAUCCAGCAGAUCGGCGCCGUCAGUCUGAACGGGCUGCCGGCCACCCCCAUCGCCCCGGCUUCAGGGCUGCACUCGCCUCCUCUCCUGGGCACGGCUGCCGUUCCAGGCCUGGUGGCGCCCAUCGCAAACGGGUUCACCGGGGUGGUGCCUUUCCCCAACAGCCACCCGACGCUGGAGACCGUCUACACCAACGGCCUCGUGCCCUACCCAGCCCAGAGCCCGUCGGUGGCAGAGACGCUGCAUCCAGCCUUCACGGGGGUCCAACAGUAUGCAGCCGUGUACCCAGCCACAACCAUCACCCCGAUCGCCCAGACUGUCCCCCAGCCUCCCCCCCUCCUACAGCAGCAGCAGCGAGAAGGCCCGGAAGGCUGCAAUCUCUUCAUCUACCACCUGCCUCAGGAGUUUGGAGACAACGAGCUGAUGCAGAUGUUCCUGCCCUUUGGCAACAUCAUCUCCUCCAAGGUGUUCAUGGACCGAGCCACCAACCAGAGCAAAUGCUUCGGUUUUGUGAGCUUUGAUAACCCCUCCAGUGCCCAGACAGCCAUCCAGGCCAUGAACGGCUUCCAGAUCGGGAUGAAGAGGUUGAAGGUUCAGCUAAAGCGACCCAAGGACGCCAGCCACCCCUACUGACAGUAGGUGCAACCCGGAGUCGGUGUUGCAGCACAGGUGAAGGCAAAAGUCCUGAGGAAGAAAUCUUGCUUCAGGUCGCUUGACAAGCAAGGCCAGUAAAUUUUACAGACUCUUUGGAUACUGCCCCUUUCCUCUCCCCUCUCCCCCACCAAAAAAAAAACCUAAAAAAAAAUAAAAUGUGAACGGCCGAAGAGCAGCGAAGCGCUGGAAGGGCUUGCCAGCUCCCCCGGCGGGGGACCUUCUUGCCACGACGGUCCCAGACCGCUCGGGCCAGGCCUGGACUUGACGGACCAAGCCAAGUGUCUCCAGGUCACGUGAGCACCUCCCGGGACUUUGGCCUCCCCACACCCCCGAC